AUGGAAUCGUUCAAACACUUUAUAAAGAGAUACUUAGAAGAGGCCAUGCAUGAGAUAGAAGCACAAACUAUACAGAGUAUGGGCAAAGACAAGCGUGUUGUAUAUUUUUACGAUCCAGAUUGUGGGAAUUUUCAUUAUGGACCGAAUCAUCCCAUGAAACCACAUAGACUUACACUAACUCAUACCCUUGUGGUAAAUUAUAAUCUGACAGAUCGUAUGAAGGUCUACAAACCAUAUCAUGCCAGUAUGAAGGAUAUGAUAUCAUUUCAUUCACAAGAAUAUAUCGAAUUCUUGCGUGAUGUUACACCAACUAAUGUGCAUACAUUUCCUAAAGAAAAAUUAUUAACCUAUAAUAUUGGUGAAGAUUGUCCAAUUUUCGAUGGUAUAUAUCGUUUUUCCUCUAUUCACACUGGUGCAUCACUUCAAGCUGCUAAAUAUUUGAAUAAUGGAGUAACAGAUAUUGCAAUCAAUUGGUCAGGUGGACUUCAUCAUGCUAAGAAAUUUGAAGCGUCUGGAUUUUGUUAUGUGAAUGAUAUUGUAAUAGCCACAUUAGAAUUAUUGAAAUAUAAUCCACGUGUACUUUAUAUCGAUAUUGAUGUUCAUCAUGGUGAUGGAGUACAAGAAGCAUUUUACCUCACGGAUCGUGUAAUGACAGUAUCAUUUCACCGUUAUGGAAACAUGUUUUUCCCUGGAACAGGUGAUAUGUACGAGAUUGGAGCCAAAGCUGGGAAAUACUACGCAGUGAAUGUUCCUUUAAAAGAAGGCAUUGAUGACGACAUGUAUUUCAGUGUUUUCCGAGCCGUUAUAAAUGACGUAGUUGCAUUUUAUCGACCAACAACUAUUGUACUUCAAUGUGGCGCUGAUUCGCUUGGCUGUGAUCGAUUAGGUGUAUUCAAUCUGUCCAUUAGAGGUCACGGGAGAUGUGUUCGAAUGGUUAAAGAACUUGGUCUACCAUUAUUGGUCGUUGGCGGUGGCGGUUAUACUGUACGGAACGUAGCACGCUGUUGGGCAUAUGAAACAGCUGUACUACUUGAUCAAGAGAAAGAAAUUUCCAAUGAAUUACCUUAUUCCCCGUACAUUGAAUUCUUUUAUCCUGAUUAUACAUUACAUCCAGACUUGACAACUAAGUUGGAUAAUGCGAACACACGGCAAUAUAUUGAAGCGCUACGAAUGACAGUUCAUGAUAAUUUAAAACAACUUGUACAUGCUCCAAGUGUUCAAUUUACUGAUGUACCGAAUGAUUAUCUAUCGAACUUUUGUAAUGAUUCGAAUGAUGAACGGGAAAAACCAAACGAAAUGUUUGUUGAAGAAGAGCAAGACUCAACAGCUGCUUGA